AUGGUUUACAAUGCCGGAGAAACUGAUAUUCAAGGGACAACGUGCAUGGAAACAUACGACGAUCCACCGAUCACAUCCCAGUGUAGAUUUUUUGUAUACUCUUGAACUUAACAGUAACUCAAUGGCACACAAAGAUAUUAGUUAGCUUCGAACGAAAGCGUUUUACGUUUGAUUAUUGCACGCGAUUUGUAUUGAGCUCCUUGGGAUUCUUUGAAUGACAAUAUCGCAAUUAGAAUUCCCUCUUUAAAGAUAUAGUAAUAUCGAUAUUAUUUUCCUGCCUUCACAGUGAUUCAGACGUAAUUAAUUAUUAUUAUUUUUUUUGUAGUGAUGGCCGAUCGAGCGACGGUAACGAUAAUGUCACAUUAUCCGAAACGAAGGUGAACAUCUCAAACGGGACGCUUAAAAGUAAGAAUUGUCUACUUAGAGUUAAUUUUAGCAUUCUUCGUAAUGUCAUCGGUACGUUGACUUCUUGUUUAGCAACACGUUAAACCACGGAUCAGCCAACUGAUUUGUUAACGGUUUCCCAUGAUGAGUCUAAUCGUUAUUAAUUAGGGUCUUCUAAACGACCUAUUCCGCUUAACAAAUAAAUAUUCUUAGCCUUAAACAUUAAAAUUCCUAUGAGUAGUCUUUUUAAAUAAUUACUAGCUAAUGCGUCUCAGAUCUAACGUUACGCGUGAAAACGAACGAAGAGCACGAACGCUUUUUCCCUGGUUACUCUUUUGCAGCAGAGCAAUUUGUGGAAAUUGUUCUGCUGUUUGUCAGAACGUCUUGAAUUAAUCGGCAUCGCUUUGAAAAAACUUUCGAAUCCACCGUCUUCUUGUUAAAGGAGUAAAAAAAAGUAAGACGAAAGAGAAGGAGACGGAUUGUAAGCCGGCGAACCUCGAUGGCGAUCGUUUUUUCAAAGCUCGAGCACUUUCCCUGUCGAUAGCGACUUUCGACAAUAAAUAAUACGAGGAAUGAUAAUAAAUGUGCCAGAGUGCUCGCAAAAUGUGCUUACACACACAAUACGGUUUCGUGUACCUACUAACGUGGCUACUAACUAUGCUAAAUGCGAAAUCAUUUGAGCGUAGACCUGCCGUUGAGCAUAUAAAUAAGAAAGGGUGAAUGACAUUGAGUGAUAGAUGUUAUUUAACGAGUGAGGUGAGCUACUUAAGCGUGCCAUCGACGAGGAUAAAAAAAGACAUUACGCUUGAAAUAUAGUUUAGUGAGCACAGAGAGAUGCAUGAUGGCAUGCUUGACAAAUAAGAUAAAGAAUUUAAUGAUACGGAUCAAAUAAUUAUUAUUGAUGGAACACGAUCUCGCUAGAUAUAUCAUUUAACGUUCGUUUUAAUGGUACAUGUAUAAGAAAACCGGACGGCAUAAUUAAUUGCUCAUUAAUUGCCAGGUUUCGACUAGCCACGAGGCAUAACGAUCUAAUAAAUCCUCGGGGAGAUUUAUCAAGAAACAGCAAGGGAAACAAUGGAGCAAAACAACGAUAAAUUAAGAUGAUCUAACACUAAUCGAUGCAAAUGCAAUGUGUACGGUAACAGUACGCUAGGUAGGUAACGACUAAGGAAUCUCUUAUUGUUGUUCGUUGCAAACAUAACAAUGGAUUCCUUAGAAAAAUUGAGGGAAAAAAUGCUAAAUCGAAUAUGAUAAUCUCAUUUAAACAAAAAUUGCAAACUGAAAUGGACAUAUUUUUUUUUUUUAUACAUAUGUCUACCUCUUUUAUAUAUAUAUAUAUAUAUA